AUGUUUGUAACAAGGGGACUUAUACAUCAUAAGUAUGCAGCGCCUCACGGACCGAAGCUGCAGGCGCUGAAGGAAGCCAUAACGUCAAAACUGAAUCCGAUCUGCUUCUACGUCAAAAAUGACCCAAAUUACUCAACAUACGUACAAGAUGAGCAUUUUUACGGAAUCCUGUGCUCGCCUCUAUUCGAAGGGAAAACGUACUCGGAAAUGAACGAAAUGGUCAACGGAGUCUUAGAACCACUAAAAACUGAAAAGACAUAUUCGCCUACGGUGGAAUUUAGAUCGAUAACUGAAAGAAUGAAGCUAAUGGCCAGUAUCUUUUUGAAAAUAGAACAAAUUCAGAUUUAA